AUGCUAUCGCGAGCGAUCCAACGGAGGCUCGAGGCCUCGCUGCCGAGAUGCAAACCCCAUGCGCCGUCGUCCUCCCGAGGCACCGGCCAACGACGGUGGCUGACGCCGGCGCCGAAGAAAGGCGACGGUCCGCUCAUGUCUCGGCGUGCCGACCGCGAACUACCAGACAUCAAGCAGGUACGCUUCCGAUGGGGCCGUAGCCUACCCCUCUUCCUCGGCAUCGUCGCCCUCUCGUCGCUCGCCAUCUUCAACUACCAAAAGUCGUCGUCGCCCAUCGUCUCCUCGACGCUCUACGCGCUGCGAACCUCGCCCCGGGCGCGGGCGCUCCUCGGCGAUGACAUCUACUUCAAGCACCAGAUCCCCUGGAUCCGCGGCGAGAUGAACCAGCUGCAGGGCCGCAUCAACAUCUACUUUACCGUUCGUGGCAACCGCGCCAGCGCGACCAUGCGCUUUGCCAGCCACCGACCCUCGAGCCGCUCCCUCUUCGAGACGACCGAGUGGAGCCUCACCAUGGACGGCUCCGGCGAGCGCAUCGACUUGCUCGACGGUCGGGACCCCUUCCGAGGCUUGCUCGGCGACGACGCCGCUUCGCUGCCGGAGCUCGACGAGGAGCAUGGGCCGUCGUCGGCGUCGACGAGGGGCUUCAGGCAGCAGGGCGCUCUGAACAAGUAG